UAUCACUCUCGCCAUUAUUUCAUCCCAUGCAUGCUCCAUUCUAAAUGGACGCGCAGUGUCGCUGUCUAACAACUUUCGGGCUUUGGCGCAGUACUCGUUGCACAUCUCCACCCGUUGUUCCACCGCUUUGUGCUUCCAGUUUUCCUGUGGCUGCGGAAUCACGGUGAUGGUUUCUCGUCGAGCGUUUGUCACAUUUCGGCUCUGACGAAAACGCAUUGUCACUUCGAACGGGAUACUGUACUGGGAUAUUUGUUUUCCGUUGUGGAUUAUAUUUUCGUCUGAAAGGAUGAAAGGCGAAGUCCAUUUACAUCUCGGCCCGGUGACCCGCUUUGUCGUCUGCCUCCUUGUGUUUCAUCCUGUGUUUGCCGAGGUCAGUUAUUCCAUACCGGAGGAAAGGAAACCGGGAACUGUGAUUGGAAACAUCGCCAAAGACCUCGGUCUGGGUGUCAAUGCACUGUCAGCACGCAAAGCUCGCUUUAGUGAAGGCAAUCACGACCGACUUUGUGCCAUCAAUUUGGCAACUGGGGAUCUGAAUGUUGCCGAGCGGCUUGAUAGAGAGAGCCUUUGCGGCCAAAAACCGUCGUGUGUUGUCACCCAGGAGCUUGUGCUCGAGAAUCCACUGCAGCUGCAUCGUGUAAAUAUACACGUUCAAGAUAUAAAUGAUAACGCCCCGCAAUUUAGAAGGGAAACAAUCGUGUUGGAAAUACGCGAAUCAGCAGAAAAGGGCACUCCGUUUUUAAUUGAGGAGGCUCAUGACGCAGACAUCGGUCAGAAUUCAAUUCAAAAAUACAUUUUGGAAAAGAACGAGUAUUUUAUUCUUAUGGAAAAUGGCAACAGAGUGGAACUUGUUUUAGAGAACAAACUCGAUCGAGAAAAGCAGCAACAGAUAAGCUUGCUUCUUAAGGCAGUGGAUGGAGGCUCUCCACAGCGAUCAGGGACUGUAAUAUUCCAAAUCACUGUACUUGAUGCCAAUGAUAAUGUCCCUGUAUUUAGUCAGGAUGUUUAUGAAGUCAGUCUACCUGAAAACUCCCCUUUAGAUACUGUGGUUGUUCAAGUAAGUGCGACUGAUGCAGACGAUGGCAUCAAUGGCGAUGUUAGUUAUGAUUUUGGACUUGUUUCACAGUCAGAUUUGCAGUCAUUUUCUAUCAACAAUAAAACAGGCGAAAUUAUUGUGACUGGCAUGACAGAUUUUGAGAAAAAAAGUAGAAUUGAACUGAAAGUUGUAGCAAAGGAUGGUCUGGGAUUAAAUUCAUAUGCAAAGGUCCUGAUAGAUCUUAUUGAUGUAAAUGAUCAUGCCCCUGCAAUAUAUUUAAAUUCGCUGUCUAAUCCAAUACCAGAGAACAUAUCACCCGGUCAAGAGGUGGGCAUCAUUAAUGUGCAGGACAGAGACUCUGAAAAGAAUGGACAAGUGCGCUGCUCCAUUGAACAAAACGUCCCCUUUAAGUUAGUUCCUUCUAUUAAAAACUAUUAUUCUCUGGUGACGACGGAACAACUUGACCGUGAACUUGUGUCUGCUUACAACAUUACAAUCAGUGCCACUGACGAGGGCUCCCCUCCAUUGUCCUCUUCAAAAAGUGUUCUUUUGUCUGUAGCGGACAUCAACGACAACCCACCUGUGUUUGAGGAACAGUCCUACAGCGCAUAUGUGAGUGAAAACAACAAAGCUGGCUGCACUUUAUGCUCUGUGAGUGCUCAAGACCCCGACUGGAGACAGAACGGCACCGUGAUUUAUUCUCUUUUACCUGCUGAAGUGAAUGGUGCCCCGGUGUCCUCCUAUGUGUCUGUUAACGGAGACACGGGGGUGAUCCACGCCGUCAGGUCAUUUGACUAUGAACACUUGAGGAGUUUCCAAGUCCACGUCAUGGCCCGAGACAACGGUUCUCCUCCUCUGAGCAGCAAUGUGAGCGUCAGCGUGUUCAUAUCGGACGUCAACGACAACGCUCCUCAGAUACUGUACCCCGCCCUGGAGGGCAACUCCUUCAUGACCGAGCUGGUCCCCAAAGCUGCACACGGAGGCUCUGUGGUGUCCAAAGUGAUCGCCGUGGACGCCGACUCGGGACAGAACGCCUGGCUGUCCUAUCAUAUUGUCAAGUCCACAGACCCGGGACUUUUCACCAUUGGUCUCCACAGUGGCGAGAUCAGGACCCAGCGGGACAUUUCGGAGUCUGACAGCAUGAAACAGAACCUGAUUGUGGCCGUGAAAGAUAACGGACAGCCCCCUCUCUCUGCCACCUGCUCCAUGUAUUUACUUAUUUCGGACAACUUGGCCGAGGUACCGGAACUGAAGGACAUUUCUUUUGACGACAAGAAUUCCAAGCUGACCUCUUACCUGAUCAUCGCUCUGGUGUCCGUGUCCACCUUCUUCCUGACCUUCGUCAUCAUCGUCCUGGGUGUGAGGUUUUGUGGCAGGAGAAAGCCCAGACUGUUGUUUGAUGGAGCAGUUGCCAUUCCGGGCGCUUAUCUGCCUCCUAAUUACGCAGAUGUUGACGGCACAGGAACUUUAAGUAGCACCUACAACUAUGACGCCUACUUGACAACAGGCUCCAGAACCAGUGACUUUAAGUUUGUGUCUUCUUACAAUGACAACACACUGCCUGCUGACCAGACUCUGAAGAAAAGUCCAAGUGACUUUGCUGAGGUUUUCGAUCAGCUGCAUGACUUGCCAGAGCCUGGACGGCUAACCAAAAUUGAUCCUGCUUAUUUUUUGGCAAGUAAAAAAAUGGCUCGUCAAGCUCAUCUGCUCCGAGUCUUUUUAUGCGGCUUUGUUCUUUGUGCCGACACCAUCAUUGCGGAGCUCAGCUAUUCUGUUCCGGAGGAGAUGAGACCUGGAUCCAUUGUUGGGAAUCUUGCCAGGGACCUCGGACUAGAAGGACGGGCAUUGAGCUCUCGUAAGGCCCGGAUUGAUACUGUCAAUGAAGAUGUACGUUACUGCGACAUCAACGUCAAAACUGGUAAUUUUGUGACCCGGGAGAGGAUCGACAGAGAGGAGCUGUGUGGAGAGACCUUGACUUGUAUGCUUAAAUAUGAAUUGGUGUUAGAAAGCCCGCUGGAGCUGCAUCGCAUUGCCGUCCUCGUUUUGGAUGUGAAUGACAAUUCCCCCGUCUUUCCAAAAGAUGAAAUCAAGCUGGAAAUAAGGGAAUCCGCCGUCAAAGGAACCCGAUAUCGCGUGAAUGAAGCAGAUGACGCGGACAUUGGGCAAAAUGCUGUUCAACAGUAUUUCUUGCAAAGCAAUGCACAUUUCAUUUUAUCGGUGCGUGAAAAUUCUGAUGGAUCAAAGAAUCUUGAGUUAGUGUUAGACAAAGAACUUGACCGUGAAACAGAACAUGAUUUAAGUCUGGUGCUCACUGCCGCUGAUGGAGGCUCUCCGAAAAGAUCAGGAACGGCACUUGUUCACGUCACUGUGCUCGAUGCAAAUGAUAACGCCCCAGUGUUCGGUCAGGAUGUUUACAAGGCCAGCCUGGCUGAAAACGCCGCAUUGGAAACUGUUGUUGUCACAGUGAGUGCAACGGACGCAGACGAUGGCGUCAAUGGUGAAAUUAUUUAUGAUUUUAGUCGGAUUGCAGAAAAGGCUAAAAAAGUUUUCUCGAUCAAUAGUAAAACUGGUGAGAUUAAAGUAAUAGGGCCACUUGACUUUGAGAGUAAUUCCAAAUAUGAAAUGCGGGUCGAUGCAAAAGAUGGUUAUGGACUUUCAUCACAUUGUAAAGUAGUGAUUGACAUCACUGAUGUGAAUGAUAACACACCCGUAAUACAACUAAAAUCACUGUCCGAUGCUGUAGCAGAGAGUGUGACUCCUGGAACUGAGGUUGGCAUCAUUAAUGUGCAGGACAGAGAUUCAGAGGAGAACGGGCAGGUUCGCUGCUCCAUUCAACAAAAUGUCCCCUUUAAGCUAGUUCCUUCGAUUAAAAAUUAUUAUUCUCUGGUGACGACGGAACAACUUGACCGUGAACGAGUGCCUGAUUACAACAUUACAAUCAGCGCCACUGACGAGGGCUCUCCUCCUUUGUCAUCCUCUAAAAGUAUUCACUUGACUGUAGCAGACAUCAAUGACAAUCCACCUGUGUUUGAAGAACAGUCCUACAGCGCAUAUGUGAGCGAAAAUAACAAAGCUGGCUCCACUUUAUGUUCUGUUAAUGCUCGAGACCCCGACUGGAGACAGAACGGCACCGUGAUUUAUUCUCUUUUACCUGCUGAAGUGAACGGUGCCCCGGUGUCCUCCUUUGUGUCUGUUAACGGAGACACGGGCGUGAUCCAUGCUGUCAGGUCGUUUGAUUACGAACACUUGAGGAGUUUUCAAGUCCACGUCAUGGCCCGAGACAACGGUUCUCCUCCGCUGAGCAGCAACGUGAGCGUCAGCGUGUUCAUAUCGGAUGUCAACGACAACUCUCCUCAGAUUUUGUACCCCACCCCGGAGGGAAACUCCUUCAUGACCGAGCUGGUCCCCAAAGCUGCACACGGCGGCUCUGUGGUGUCCAAAGUGAUCGCGGUAGACGCCGACUCGGGACAGAACGCCUGGCUGUCCUAUCAUAUUGUCAAAUCCACAGACCCGGGACUUUUCACCAUUGGUCUCCACAGUGGAGAGAUCAGGACCCAGCGGGACAUUUCAGAGUCUGACAGCAUGAAGCAGAACCUGAUUGUGGCCGUGAAAGAUAACGGACAGCCCCCUCUCUCUGCCACCUGCUCCAUGUAUUUACUUAUUUCGGAUAACUUGGCCGAGGUGCCAGAACUGAAGGACAUUUCUUAUGAUGACAAGAAUUCCAAGCUGACCUCUUACCUGAUCAUCGCGCUGGUGUCCGUGUCCACCUUCUUCCUGACCUUCAUCAUCAUCGUCCUGGGUGUGAGGUUUUGUCGCAGGAGAAAGCCCAGACUGUUGUUUGAUGGAGCAGUUGCCAUCCCCGGCACGUAUCUCCCUCCUAAUUACGCAGAUGUUGACGGCACAGGAACUUUACGCAGCACCUACAAUUAUGACGCCUACUUGACAACAGGUUCCAGAACCAGUGACUUUAAGUUUGUGUCAUCUUACAAUGACAACACGCUGCCUGCUGACCAGACUCUGAGGAAAAAUCCGAGUGACUUUGUUGAUGAGCUUCACGAUUCUUUCGACCCCCUUGAGUUUACAUCCACGUUCUGA